GAUUUAAUAAUGACGAGAGAGAGAGACGCUUGUGUUUCCGUAGGUUCCAAGAAACCUAUAUAACAUAUUCAAGCUCACAAAGUUUCUCUCUCACUUUCAUAAUUCUUCUCCUACGUGUUGUUUUGAGAGAGAGGAAAAACCCUAGUUUCUUAGAGAAUCAAGAGAACUCACCAUGCGAGCUUCUUCUUCGUCGUCUUCUAACUCACUUGCUGCAACCAGUUUGAGCAAUAGACUAAAGACAAUCUUCAAGAAGGCUUCCGAGCUUUCUAUCCUGUGUCAAGUUGCGGUUAGCGUCAUCUACUACGGACCAAACGGCGAUUUGAAGACAUGGCCUAAGGAGAAAGAGGUAGUGAAAGACAUGGCCUUAAGGUAUAAGGUGGCCACCAAACGCAAGAAGAGCUCUAAUCUUCGUGAUUUCUUGGAGGGCAAGUUAGAGAACGAUAAGAACUUGAAGAAGAAUAAGAAGAAGACGAAGAGAGAGUUUGAGAACGUCAAGUAUCCAGAUUGCUAUCCAGUUCUUGAUCAUUACUCUCCCGACCAACUCCAUGAACUUGUUCUGUCCUUACAAGGGACUCUCUCUACUAUGGAGGAAAGGAUUCGUGUUCUAGAGGCAAAGAAACAGAGGAACACAAACUUGGUUCAUCAGACAGUGCAACCCUCAAACCCUAGCAAGUGCUCUCUGUAUCUGUAUAACCAUGACGAUGCUACUCUCUCACAGCUCCCACUCUCUGCAUCACAUUCCAACCAACUUAUCAAUUACCAAAAUCACUUGAGGAUGCAGCAGCAGAGGCUUUAUGAUCCUUGCGUAUCUACCACGCAAGGUCACCCAGCUUUACUUUCAGUACAAGAAUCUAGGUUGAAGAAUCAGUUGAUGCAGCAGCAGGAGGCUUAUGGUUCUCAUCAUAACGUGCGUAUGAUGAAUAACACCACCAACAGCAAGGUUCUAGGACAUCCUUGUCCCUUAAAAACAAUUCCAAAGGAGUUUUCUUUUGAUCUCCAGAAGAACCCUAAUGAUGAUAUGGUCGGUAGACCUAAGUACUCUCAAGAUUUUCCAAAUUUGUUUUUAGCCUAUGCUGAUAUCCCUCAGCUUCAGACAUCUUCUCUACCAUCUAUACACCAAACCAUUCCUAACAUUAACCUUAUUCCUGACAACUCAAGAUGUCCCUGAGUUGAAGUAGUUACCUCCUUGAGAGCCAACAAUGAAGAAGUGAAGGGA